CACCAUACAACAAGCCAAACUUAUGCCUAUUUUCCAUUAAGCUUAUUGAGGUAGGAACCGAAAUAAUCUCCUACUCUGGUGACUCAAAAGGGCCAAGCCAUGAAAAGGUGACUAAAUAAUAUUUCUAAUGUCUAAAUAUUUGUAUUUCUCCAUUUAUAUAGAAUUGAUCGUGAUCUGUGUUUUGAAAGAUAAUUAUAUGAUUUCUCAGAACUAAAUGUUACAAUAUUACAGUUUUUUAUCUGAAUUUCAGGUGACCAACUUGCAGACUCCUGCUGUGGCAGUAGAGACCCAGAUAUUAAAAGCAGAUCCGAGCUCCCAAGGAGAUUCCAGUACUGAACUUGCAAAAUCGCAGGUGAUCAACUUGCAGACUCCUGCUGUGGCAGUAGAGACCCGGAUAUUAAAAGCAUAUCCGGGCUCCCAUGGAGAUUCCAAUACUGAACUUGCAAACUCGCAGGUGACCAACUUGCAGACUCCUGCUGUGGCAGUAGAGACCCAGAUAUUAAAAGCAUAUCCGGGCUCCCAUGGAGAUUCCAAUACUGAACUUGCAAACUCGCAGGUGACCAACUUGCAGACUCCUGCUAUAGAGACCCAGAUAUUAAAAGCAGAUCCGAGCUCCCAAGGAGAUUCCAGUCCUGAACUUGCAAAAUCGCAGGUGAUCAACUUGCAGACUCCUGCUGUGGCAGUAGAGACCCGGAUAUUAAAAGCAGAUCCGAGCUCCCAUGGAGAUUCCAAUACUGAACUUGCAAACUUGCAGGUGAUCAACUUGCAGACUCCUGCUGUGGCAGUAGAGACCCAGAUAUUAAAAGCAGAUCCGAGCUCCCAUGGAGAUUCCAAUACUGAACUUGCAAACUUGCAGGUGAUCAACUUGCAGACUCCUGCUGUGGCAGUAGAGACCCAGAUAUUAAAAGCAGAUCCGAGCUCUCAUGGAGAUUCCAAUACUGAACUUGCAAACUUGCAGGUGAUCAACUUGCAGACUCCUGCUGUGGCAGUGGAGACUGGAAAGCAGUCAAGUAUUUAAUAAAAAAAUAGGAUUACUGCUAUGAAAAGGAAAAUGUAUGAAUUUGCAAGUUAAUAUUGUUGUUGAGUAUGUAUUUAAUAUUUUCGUGUGUGUUAUGUUGAAUGUGCCUGCCAUUAUGGGUUGGCCGGGGUCUAUACCCUAAGUGAGAGGAGCUUUUUUUUUUUUUGUUUUACACAAUUUUUGUUUUGUACAAUGUUGUAUUUAAUAUUUUGUAGUUAUGUUAAAUGUGCCUACCAUAAAGGGUUGGUCUGGUUCUAUACCCAGAGUUUAAACAAAAAUGUUGUUUGUGAGAGCAGCUUUUUUUCCACAAAACAUUGUUUAGUACAAAUUCUUGAAUAAAAGUCUCCAUGAUCCAGA